GGUUUCAAGCGUCAUCAGGACAUCCUGGAUGGCUACAACUUCCUAGUGCCAACUCCAUGGCAGUUUGUGACGACAUCCGGGAACGAUGUAUUCUAUCGCAACCCUUACGAUGUGGAGCAGACCCUGUUUGUGGACGUGAGCUCCCCCACCUCUACAAAGUUUACGGCGGUGACUGAUUUGAAGAGCCCCCAGGAUGCUGCCGAGGGCCUCCUGAGUCAGUUCAAAAAGGAGUACAUGUCCACCCGGCUGGGAGUGAAGCGGAAGGCCGAGAUCACGAGUGCCACUGAGCGCACUGCCGACGACGGCAGGAUCUAUUACGACAUAAGGCUGCGAGCCCGGUCCUACGCCUCACGCAACCAGCUGGCCGUGUCCCAGAGAGAGAUCGAUGCCGGCACCGAGCUGGAGUGGGACAGGCAGUACCUGACGGUGCUGGGGACGGCCAACGGCCGCCUGUACAGCAUGCGGUUGCAGGCACCCAUGUCGGCUGUUGAGGGGCCAGGGGGCGAGACCCUACAGAAGGUGGCCGACUCCUUCAGAUGCACCACCGUUGAAAGCUGA